CGUCGAAGGUCCAGGACACUCGUUGCAGACCAAGCAGAGGAACCUUCGCUUGACCUGGAUACCGGACCAUUAGCCUCUUGUCCUCCAUCUUUUGCAGACCUUGCCCGGCGCCCGAUACAGCAGCAAGUAUUGAGGUCCAUCUUUUGUCAGUAUGAAGAUCCGAGAAGGAAAGAUCAUGAAUCAGGGGCAGCAGGAUGAGCUGGAGGUGUGGGGGUACCGACCCUGUUUGUGGAAAGUCAUCCUGGUGGGUGUUGGUGCCGUUUGCUCUGGUGGUCUCCUGCUGCUGCUGCUGUACUGGGUGCCUGAGUGGGGAGUCAAAGCCACCUGCACACCCACCUCACUGAAGGAGGCAAACAGACUGCUUCUUAGGACCACGGAUGACUUUAGGCAGUGGUUUCGUGCCAAAGUACAUGUGAUUUGGGCUCCUGGGAAGACGCCCUUUGAUAGUCUGGAUCCGCUGUCCACAGCUCAGUUACAUGAUGGAGAUGAACACCACAGCCUCAAAGAGAAUUACGAGAAAUUCACUCAGAGACAAUCUUUUAAGGUCCAGUACUUCAACCACCACAGCAUCAAAUACUUCUGGAAUGAAGGGACACAGAACUUUGAAUCAUAUAAGGGCUUGGAGGAUACAAAUAUGAGCUGUGCACACAUCCACAGCAACCAUAGCUCUGGACUCACUAAAACCCUGCAGGACUACAGAGCUUUGUUUUUUGGCAAGAAUGAGAUUGAUGUAAAAGUGCCACCUUUAUUCAAGAUCUUUAUGAAAGAGGUCAUGAAUCCGUUUUACAUCGUCCAGAUGGGCAGUUUUAUUCUAUGGACCUAUCAAGGCUACUACGAUUAUUCCUUUCUAACUCUUACUAUGGCUAUUGUUUUAAUAGCCACCUCUCUGUACACCAUUAGAAAGAAUUAUGUGAGACUGCGUGACAUGGUGAUUGCACACUCUAUGGUACAGGUUUCAGUGUGGCGAGGAAAUACAGAUAUUGAACAGAUCAUGUCGACAGAGCUGGUGCCAGGUGAUGUCAUCACUAUUCCAGCAAACGGGAUGAUUAUGGCCUGUGACGCCGCGCUUAUCUGUGGCACCUGCACUGUUUCUGAAAGCAUGUUGACAGGGGAGAGUGUUCCAGUUACUAAGACCAGUGUGCCAAGUUCAGAAAGUAUCUAUUAUACAGAGGAACACAAGCAACACACCCUCUUCUGUGGCACACAUGUUAUCCAGAGUCGUGCUGAUACACAGGUGAAGGCGGUUGUGGUCAGAACAGGUUUUAAUACCGUAAAGGGCCAGCUUGUGCGUGGCAUCCUCCACCCUAAACCCACCGACUUCAAACUGCAUCGCGACGCUAAGCAUUUCACAAUGGUUAUGGCGGUGGUGGCGGUGAUUGACUUCAUCUACGUCGUCACUAUUGAUGUCAUAAACCAGGUUUCUGUUGGGAUCAUAAUCACUGAUUCUUUGAAUCUCAUAGCAGUCUGUAUUCCUCCAAUGUUACCUGUGACUCUGACCAUUGGGCUUGUGAACGCUCAGCGGCGCAUGAAGCAAACUGGCAUCUUUUGCAUCAGUCCACAGAGAAUUAACAUUUCUGGUCUGCUGGACCUGGUCUGCUUUGACAAGACUGGCACUCUCACCGAAGACAGUUUGCACCUGUGGGGUAUUCAGAGAGCUGAAGUUGGCAUUUUUUCCCCCCCAGAGACUGAGGUAGCUACAGAGAGUCUUAUGAAGACGUCGUUUGUCACCUGCAUGGCUACCUGCCACUCACUGAUCAACAUAGAGGACAAACUCUGUGGAGACCCUAUAGACCUCAAAGUAUUCAGUGCUACUGGCUGGAUUCUCGAGGAGCCAAGAAAAGAACAGACUGUAAUUUACGAUGCUCACGUUUCCACAAUAGUCCGACACCCGCAGCAAUGGGGGGAGUUUGGCAUUGUGCGUCAGCUCCCCUUCUCCUCAGCGCUGCAGAGGAUGAGUGUGGUGGUCAGACAACUGGGACAAAAACACUUUGACAUCUACCUGAAAGGAGCCCCAGAGACUGUGGUUAACCUCUGCAAGCCACACACAGUCCCGCAGAGUUUCACAGAGACGUUGGAGACUUACACCCGACAGGGUUUCAGGGUUAUAGCCCUGGCACAUCACCAACUGGAGUCCAAACUCUCCUGGCAAGAAGUCCAAAAUCUCAGUCGAGAGCAGUUAGAGACCAACAUGGACUUUCUAGGCUUGAUCGUCAUGCAGAACAAAAUCAAAGAACAGACUGCUGGGGUGUUGCUUGACUUACAACAAGCCAACAUUCGGACUUUGAUGGUCACAGGUGACAACAUGUGGACAGCAAUAUCGGUGGCUCGAGACUGUGGGAUGGUUCAAGCCCAUGAGAACAUUAUUAUUGCUGAUGCUGUGCCUCCAAACGAGGAGAACCCUGCGAGUAUCACAUGGCGCUACUCUGACAACCACGUUGUGAACAACGAUCAGACUGCUGAGGUCAGCUUUGCUGGGGAUGGGUUGAAGUACAAGGAGGAGGAGCAAGGCUAUCACUUUGCUGUAAGCGGCCAAGCCUUCGCUGUCAUCACACAAUACUUUCCAGAACUUUUCCAGAAGUUCCUCCUAAGAGCCACUGUGUUUGCUCGCAUGACUCCAGACCAGAAGACUCAGCUGGUGGAAGUCCUUCAAAACAUUGAUUACAUGGUAGGGAUGUGUGGAGAUGGCGCUAAUGACUGUGGGGCCCUGAAGAAAGCGCACAGUGGAAUCUCUCUGUCUGAACUAGAGGCCUCAGUGGCUUCUCCCUUCACGUCGUCCAUCCCAAACAUCUCCUGCGUUACUACCCUCAUUAGGGAGGGCCGUGCGGCUCUUAUCACAUCCUUCUCUGUGUUCAAAUUCAUGGCCCUCUUCAGCAUCAUCCAAUUCUGCAGUGUCAAUCUUCUCAUCUCAAUUCCCAGCUGGUUUGGAAACCUUCAGUUUGUGUUUAUUGACUACGGCAUUUGUUUAUUCAUUCCCUUUACAAUGAGUCUGAACCCGGCAUGGAAGAAGCUGGUGCGACGUACCCCGCCAUCCAGUUUGAUCACCGCCCAGAUGCUCUUCUCAAUUUUGUCUCAGGUCGUCAACGUCGCGCUCUUCCAGUUUGGGGCCUUUUUCUUUGUACGGCAACAGAGUUGGUAUCAUACAAUUGACCCAAAAGUAUGCAAUGAGUCCAGUGUCAGUGAGCACAGCCCCAACACAACUGAAGAAGAUUCAGACGACUUCAACUCCAAGAUCUUUGAAGGCACCACCCUCUUCUAUGUCUCUAUCUUCCAGUACUUGAUUGUUGCUGUUGUCUUCUGCAAAGGAAAGCCUUUCAGACGACCAAGCUAUGAAAACUGGCCAUUUGUUUUGUCCUGCUUUGUUUUGUAUACUUUUUUCUUGAUCAUCAUGCUGUUUCCUUUUCCCGCCGUAGACAACCAACUGCUGAUCUCGUGUAUUCCCUAUGAAUGGCGCAUUACAAUCCUCAUCAUGGUUGUGGGACAUGUUGUUGUCUCUGUCACGCUGGAGAUUUUGAUCCAUGACACCUUAUGGAGGAUUGUUAAAGCCAAACUCAGUGCAAAGCAGACCACCAAAACACCCGCUGCUAACACCAAACAGAUGGUGAAUGCAGGUUGCUGUGGCCCGGCCUUCCUCUCCUGGAUCAACUGUCAGAAAAACCGUCCCCCGAAGACUAAAUACAAGCGUCUUGCUCUGGACCUGCAGGAGCAGGCUGACUGGCCUCCCGCACCUUCCACUAUCACCUAUGCCAGCAUGACUCAGCCUCUCUUCUCUGUCCCAUUUUAGAGCCAAACAUGAGUAAACAAUGAUAAACGCCACCUUUGAAAGAUGCAUCUCUUUUCCUGAAAGACAAAUUGAAACUUAGAAAGGAACACUUAAUUUGAAUUUAAUAAUCAACAAUUUUGACCACAAUGUAUGUAACAAAAUACAUUGUGUUUAUAUAAUGUACUUACCGUAUUUUCUGAACUAUAGGGCGGAUAUAAGCCACACCACAACAUUUUAGAAGAAAAAAAUAUUUCUCCAUAUAUUAGUCGCACCGGACCAUAAGCCACAGUUAUUUACACCGAAAUAUUUUGUAAAUGUUUAUUUACAUACCUUGACUGUUUCCAAACAGUGUGUGUAACACGGCAGUAAAAUGGCUGAUAAAAAAAAACAGAAGUCAUCGUCAUGGACACACUAGCUCCGCAACGUAGCUCUCCAAUCAGCUAAUUAGACUCAAUAACUCCACGGUGACCUUUUGGUGAAUUUACUGAGGAAUUUGUGAAACUCAAACAAUACAAAAAGAAUGCCAUUGUAAGUUAAUUUUACUAACACAGACAUUUUAGCUAAUGCUAACUACGUUAGCUUCAUUACAUUGCGAUAGCACGUACACAUAUGCAUGAAAACACUCUUACAGACAUCAUACAUGGGACAGUUUAGUAAGUAUGAAUUGUUUUAGAUAUAUUGUAAAACUUACGCCUGUUGCUUAGAGUGAUGGAGGAAGAAUCCAUACGAGUAGCAACGCUAUGGACAGUUAGAAGACGGAACAGCACUUUUGUUCGUGGUUCCAAGCUUUCAACAGCAAGUAACAUACCUGUGUGAAGUUGCCCCACAGCCCACCUUGUCCAAAACACCCCAAACUUAUCCCAUUUGUUUGUGCCCUUACAGUUUUUCAAGUUAUUUUUUUAUUUAGCCUUUAUUUAACCAGGUAAAAAUUCCAUUGAGAUCAAGGAUCUCUUUUCCAAGGGAGACCUGGCCAAGAGGGCAGCAGCAAGGUUACAUUAAAAAACAGUAAACAACACAUAAAACAUCACAUUUACAACAUUAAAACUUGCUCACAUGACACAUGUGCAUACAGACAAGGUAGACUGCAAUCCUUUCACAGAAGCUUUAAACUCAUUCAAUGUAACAAGGGUUUGAAGUUUAAUAUUCGAUUGUAGGUUAUUCCAAGCCUUCGGUGCUGAAAACCUAAAUGCUUUCUUGCCCAGUUCAGUUCUUACUUUGGGUACAACAAAUUGCAGAACAUUCAUUGAACGAAGAUUGUGACUUCCUUGUUUCUUUGUUAAAAGACAAGACAGAUAAGAUGGCGUGAUACCCAGAAUGGUUUUGUCGAUGAAAACAUACCAAUGAUUGAGGCUUCAAGCACAUAAAGAUGUCCAGUUAACCAUUGAGUAUAAUACGCAAUGGUGAGUAAGGGAAGCGCAGUUGGUGAUGCAUCUCAGUGCCCCGUGGUACACACUAUCCAGCUUGUGGAGACAACCAGCAGUAGCAUUCAUGUACAACACAUCUCCAUAGUCAAUAACAGGUAAAAAGGUUGUUUCUGUCAUGUCUGUUGAUCAUGUUUUGUUUAAGUUAUGUUCCGUUUGGGUUUUGUACACUUAGUUCCUGCUUUUCACUCCCUUGUUUUGUCACCAUGGCACCUGUUUCACAUUUUGAGUCAUGCACCUGUUUUCACUGAUCAUGUCACUGCUAUUUAAGCCGGUCUGUUUCUGUUGUUCGUACUGGUGACAUUAUCUAUCCUAUCAUACCAUGCCACUUCUGACACCCCUGCUACCUCUGUUUAUCUUCAUGCUACCAUAGUUCCAUGCCAAGUAAGUUUUUGUUUAUUGUUCAUAGUUUCUGCCUUUGUGCAGGUUUUGUUUCAUUAGCCAAGUUUUUGUACUUCCGCCUUGUGCGCGCCUUUGGUUCUUUUUGUCAGUGUAAAAAUAAAAUAUGUACUUACAUUCA